AUAAGAAGAACUGGAUGUUCAUCUUUUCGCGGUGUUCUAUUUUCUUUUUCUUUCACAGUGGACGAUGCGUAGCGUCACACUUACAUGUCGAAACGGGUGACACGUACGUGUAAUCAAGUGAUACUCGCGAUUGCACCGAUUCGCAAAAACGCCACCAAGAAUUGCGCAGCGCACCGACGGUUUUGUUACACCAUGCUUCGCCGCGGCUCCUCUUGUUAAUCAGAUCUGUUAAUCAGUGUGUGUCAAGAUUACCCUACAUAUCACCAAGCGCCGGCGGAUUCAUCCGCGAGCCGUGCGUCGACAUCGCGAAAUUUCGCGCCUGCUGCUGAAUAAAGUUGCUUGAAUAGGAAGAUGGUUCGAAAAGGGCUGUUUUUGCUGCUCGGUCUGUUCGCAUUGAGAGAAUCGUCCGCCACAGAAAAUGCAGAGGAUAAACCUUUUCAUGAGAAAUCGCAACAUCAUCGACAAAAGAGGGUAUUUUGGUUCACAAACGACGGACGGAUCGCGCUUCCACCCGGCACUAUUAUGACAAUCACGCCGACGUUGGCGUUGCCCUUCGUCCGGCAUCCACCUUACGGUUUCCUCAGUAAUAUAACUGUCAGUUUGCCAUUUACAAUCGACUUCGACAAGCUGGGCUUGACAGACAAUGAGAAUCCGUACGGCGCUCUGCCGCCGUCCUUCGAUAGAAAGCUGAAAAGCCGACAGGCCGGCAUGAUGAUGGCAGACUUUAUUGCGGCGUUCAUCAAGCGCAGAUUGCACAAGCGGGACAUGACGGAGGUGCCAAAAAAUGCAUUCCACGGUGGCGAACGGGCCUUGCUCUACGGUACCGCCGAAGAUAUGUUGACUACAUUAGGAAUGAACGGGAAAGCGUGCGUAUUGAGGGCAAUCUGCGAGGUUCAGGGACACCCUUUGAACAACUUCGGCCUGAUCGGUGAAAUGUUGAAGUUGUUCUUCACCGCCAGCCGAUCGCCAUUCGCAAAUCUUCUCAAGGAAUACGUUGAGGCGGAAAAUCGCGGAAAAUUUCACGGCGAGUGCUGGCCCUACUUCAAGGAUUGUCCGAAAUCCUUAUUCCUGCCUUCCAGCAACAAAUAUCAGAAGGAUUCGAUACACAAUGAGGAGGACGAGGAAAGCGAACACUGGAAUCAAAUCUCGAAUGACCUCGACGAAGAGCCGCUCACGAGGAUAUCAGAGCAGAGCGCACAGAAUAUCGUGCAUCCUAUGUAAUGGUAAUUAUAUAAUUAUAGUUGUACACAUACGUAGAAGUCGCUCGCUUUCUUCUGAGCAUGCAUUGUUCGGCGUAUUAAAGUAAAAACUGCCCAAAGAGUGAAAAGAAGUUUGACUUCUCUUCACAGACUUUAAUACCGAUGUUGAUUAAAGUUCUGUUUAACGCUACGUUUAGCGUUAAAUGUAACUUUGCAUUUUUUUUUCAAUAAAAAUAUAGUAUUUAAUUCGAAUUGGAUCGGAUCAAACCCACAUUUAGCUAAUUGGAAGAUCGCAAUUAGUGCUAAUGUGUGGACUGUACAUAUAUGAUUAAAUAUUUUUCGAAACGUAUAGAUUUAUAUAUAGAAGCUUUUAAAAAAGGCUACUAAUUAGUGUCAAUAUCAAUGUCAUAUUAUUGACACAAUGAGAUUACCAUUAUUAUAACCAUGACACCGUGAUAGGUCAAGAAUUCUUGGCCAAGAUACUGUAUAUGGUGCUACAUAUAUGUACAUAUUUUUCCAAACGCAUAGGGAACUGUCGAGUUUGCUAGUCGUCGGCAUCGUGACGCUAAAAUCGCUUAAUAAUUUUUUAAGUAUUUAAUAUUUAUUUAUUUGGAUGAGAGAGAGAGAGAGAGAGAGAGAGAGAGAGAGAGAGAGAAUAUUUUUUACAAUUUAGUCAUAUUUUGUGUGUGCGAUACGAUUGUUCACGUGACUACAGAGGCAUGAACGAAUGAUAAAAUAUCAGUGUGGCACGACAUUCGUGCGACGAUAUUUAGAGAGAUAAGAAAAAUUAAGUAAAUAAUUUUUCCCACAUACACGUGCGAUAUAUUAAUUUGUAGAUUUCAUGAAUCAACGGUAUGCAUAUACAACGCUAUUGAUAAUUGAACUAUGGUUUAAAUUUAGUAAUAAUUUAUUAGUAAUACUUCUAAUUUUGUUUCUUCCACCAGAUACAUAAUUUAAUUU